UAAACAUUUGAUGUUGCCUAACAUCUCUGCGAUGUAUGUUUUGGGUUGCAUACGGAACAUCACAUUGCUAUGUUUAUAGGACAGUUUAAGGAUGUUUUCUUUUAAUUGUCACUAAAUUAUAAAUAUAUAACAUACCAACAACGUUUCAAACUUAACUUCUACAGAACAUCGCAUUGCAAUGCUAAUAGGUCGUUUUCGGGAUGUUAAGCUUGUACGGAUAAAAAUUCUAGCUAGUCCUACAUUAUUAUUAGACAUUAUAUUAUAUUAUUAGGGUUUUUCCAUAACGUUGUUAUCAGUUCAUUGGUUACUGUAUAUAUAUAUAUAAUGUGUUCACCGGUGCUGCCCGACCGGCCGCUGACGUCUGCCGUCGACACUCGAAUAGCCGUAUCCGCUAUCCAUACUCGCAUCUCUCUUGCUUGAGCUCGUGCCUCGUGACAUAAUUUUUACAUUAUAGUUUGUUUAUUUGUAUUUUUUUGUGUUCAGUCUUCAGAGGCCAGUGUUAAAUAUUAAUAUAGUAUACAUAAAUAUUAAAUAUAAUAAUAUUAUGAUGUCUACGAAGCAACCACCGAUGAGCCGUAAAAACCGGACGUAUAAGCGAUGGGUUAUUGUUUUGUUUACGGAAUCAAACGAUUACAGUGUUGUGCCUGUUAAUUGGCUAAUUUUACCAACAACGUUGGAGCUAACAGCGUUAAACAUUUCAGUGGUUGAACUUUGUCGAUGGCCUCCAUUUAAUGUUACUAGUGUUGAACUAGCAAACGCUAAUGAUCCAGAAGAUUCAUGGAGUUUAUACAAAAUAAAAAUUUUGUCCAGUAAAUUAUAUGCAAAUUUCAAAGAAGCCUGGCAUCAACGUGUGGAGAUUGAAAGUUCUGCUACUGAAAAUGAAUGUGAAGUACUCAAAAAGAAAAAGAAAAACCGUCAAAGAAGUUCAUCUGAAGAUGACAGUGACUUUGAAGAUUGUAGCUUAUCAGUAACACCCAUCAGCAAAAAAUUAAAAAAAGAUGUGCCAAUAACAUUUACCGAAUUGCUGGAGAGGAAUUCCGAUGAAGAAUUGAAUUGUGAACUAGAGUCUGUAUCACCACUGUCAAAACAAAUUGCAGCUAGUUCUUCGGUAUCAUACAUGAUUAAUGAUGACAUACAUAAGCAGGCAACACUUCAGGUUGAAAAUACUGAUGGAAUACAGUCAUUUGAAUCAUAUGAAUCAUUUAUUGUUCCUAAUACCUUAUACAGUACAACUGAUACCGAUAAUUUAAAUCAGAAAAUCCUUAAUAUUUUAACUAAUAUGCAAUUGGAACAAGUCAACAUUAAAAAAGAGUUAGUUGCAUCAAAUUUAAUUUUGAAUCGAUUACUUACAAAAGUUGAAGUUUUGGAAACUAAUUCAAAAAACAAUAUAAACUCAGCAAUGGAUAACCAGUAUAUUGAUUCCAAUUUUCUUUCAUUAUUCCCGAUUAACAAUAAAGAUGAAUUUUUAUCAGUUGAAUCAAACAUUGUAAAUGAGGUGGACUUUGUGUUGAAACUAGAAUCAUUUAUUAAAAGUAUUGGUGGAUGUGGACUAAAAAGUAAUAUUAACAGAGUAUUACAAAAAAUAUUUAGUGAUGAAUUUGCUGUUAUCUCUACGUGGACUGGACGAGGAAAAAAUAUAUCUAUUACAAUAGGGAGUUCUGAAGUGAUAAAACUAAUAAAAAGGAUUAUUAAAGCUAAUUCCAAUAAUGUAUUAACUGACUCAGAAUUCGAAAUCACUGUUGCUAAUUGGGUUAGACAUGCCAACACUCGUUUGAGUAGAGCAAAAUAAGUUUAAUUUUCAAAAAUUUGCAGUUCAAAGAAAAAGAAUUUAUCUCUCACAUCAAAAAAAUAUUUCAGAAGAGUAUUAAAAGCUGAACAAAAAAAA